UCUCCGAAAAUGACUCCAGGAAGUGUUUUGAGGAAGUGAUUUCCCCUACGAGCUCAGUGACAGCUCCGCUGUGGAACAGUGUACGUCAAGAUGGCAGGUCUGUCUUUGUAUUUUGAAGAUGGUCAUGAUGAUCUAGAUGACUUUGGAUUUGAUGACUAUGGUUCGGAAUGUGAUGGCAUUCGAAUAACAGCGUUCCUGGAUGCAGGGCAGGAUAACCUAACUCCUCUAGGCCGACUAGAAAAAUACGCCUUCAGUGAGAACGUGUUUAACAGGCAAAUUGUGGCACGUGGGUUAUUAGAUGUGCUACGAGAGUUCAGUGACAAUGAGAAUGACUUCAUCAGCGUCAUGGAGACAGUUGUCAGGAUGUCUGAGGAUGCAGAGCCCACUGUACGAGCUGAGCUAAUGGAACAGGUACCAAACAUUGCCAUGUUUCUUCAUGAAAAUCGGCCUAAUUUCCCAGCAGCUUUCUCAAGGUACUUGGUGCCCAUUGUUGUACGUUAUCUCACAGACCCUAAUAAUCAGGUACGCAAGACAAGCCAGGCAGCUCUCUUGGUGCUGCUGGAACAGGGCCUCAUAUGCAAAGCUGACAUGGAGGGGAAAAUCUGCCCAGUGCUUUUGGAGCUUACUGAACCAAGCAGCGAUGACGACUAUAAGAUCGAGGCUGUUGCAAUCAUGUGUAAGUUGGUAACUAUGCUGAAUAAAGACACAGUGGAGCUUCUGCUGUUAUUACGUUUCUGUGAGCUAUGCAGUGAUGCCAGGCUUUUUCAAGUCCGCAAGGUUUGUGCAGCAAAUUUUGGUGAGUUUUGUUCCAUUGUUGGCCAAGACGCCACAGAGAAACUGCUGAUGCCGAAGUUUUUUGACCUAUGUUCAGACAGCUUGUGGGGCAUUCGCAAGGCCUGUGCUGAGUGCUUCAUGGUAGUUUCAAACUGUACGUCUCCAGAGGUGCGGCGCACUAAACUGUCCCCCUUGUUCAUCAACCUCAUCAGUGAUCAAUCCCGUUGGGUCCGCCAGGCUGCAUUUCAGUCGCUUGGUCGUUUUAUCUCCACAUUUGCUAAUCCCUCCAGCACUGGUGUCCGCUUCCAGGAGGAUGAAACACUGCAUGGAAUCACAAAAUCCACAGAGAAAAAUGAACAUAAAGGUAGCUGCAGUGAUGCUUCAUCUGACCGCUUUCCUGGUAGUUCUGCCUCUCCAGGCAAGUCAAAAAAAUUCUCUGAUACAGUCAUUAAACCAUCUCAAGCUUCAGAGGACCCCAACCAUUCCCGAGUUCCUUCUUCUGUCAAGUCCCAUACAACUGAUGGUAAACUGGGUCAACCUGAUAGCUUGACCACUACCCAGGACCAGCAGACAGGGGAUUUUUUUGACUCCUUCCACUACUGGAGACCACUACUGCCUGACAUCAGCCAGGAUUUGGAACUACUACAAGGAGAGGGGAAAGAUGAGGUUCAAAGACAGGAAAUGGUGAAGGAGGAGGAAACAGUUCCAGAUUUAGACUCUGAGGGCCCAGCCACAAGCUCCCAGAUUCAGAAAGUUCUAGAAUGCCUCCAGCCCCAUCUUGAUGACCCUGAUGUACAAGCUCAAGUGCAGGUCUUGUCAGCUGCACUGAAGGCUGCUCAGUUAGAGAGUCACUCAGAUGAUACGGAUCAAGAUGUCUUGGUGUCAGAAAGUGGGAACACAAAGAAUCCCAUUUCAACAGACAAGCAGGCAGAGAUGGAUACACACCUCUUAAACUCUCAGUCCACCUCACCUGUACUUGAUGUGUCUGAGCCAAGUUGUGUGGAUGCUGGGCUGACAGAGAACAUUGUGGAAGUGAAGGAUACCAACAAAUAUGAAAUUUGUGAGGAGGAGAAGUCUAAAGUCCAGAAUGUGAUCCCUCAGCAGUUGUUGGAUCAGUACUUGUCCAUGACUGAUCCAGUACGAGCUCAGACAGUGGACACUGAAAUAGCCAAGCAUUGCGCAUUUAGCCUUCCAGGUGUGGCCCUAACACUGGGCAGACAGAACUGGCAUUGCCUCAAGGACACCUAUGAAACACUCGCAACUGAUGUACAAUGGAAAGUGCGGCGGACGCUGGCAUUCUCUAUCCAUGAGCUGGCGGUGAUUCUGGGGGACCAACUGACAGCUGCUGACCUAGUGCCAAUCUUUAAUGGUUUCCUCAAAGACCUGGAUGAAGUGCGAAUAGGAGUUCUUAAGCACCUGUAUGAUUUCCUUAAGCUUCUUCAUGUUGAAAAACGUAGAGAAUAUCUAUAUCAGCUGCAGGAGUUCAUGGUGACUGACAACAGUCGAAACUGGAGAUUCCGCUAUGAGUUAGCUGAGCAGUUGAUCCUGAUCAUUGAUCUGUACAGCCACUACGAUGUUUAUGACUACCUCAGACAAAUAGCGCUUAGCCUUUGUUCUGACAAAGUCUCAGACGUACGAUGGAUUUCCUACAAAUUAGUGGUGGAGAUUUUGCAGAAGCUGUACUCGUGUGGGGCUCAUGACCUCAGUCUGAACUUUAUUAAUGAGCUUGUAGUGAGAUUCUGCCACUGUCCUAAAUGGGUCGGACGACAGGCAUUCGCCUUCAUAUGUCAGGCAAUUGUGGAGGAGGACUGUAUGCCCAUGGAUCAGUUUGCUCAACACCUACUUCCCUGUCUGCUUAGUCUUUCAUCUGACCCUGUGCCCAAUGUACGCGUGCUGGUUGCUAAGGCAUUACGCCAUAGUGUGCUGGAAAAACCUUACUUUAAUGAGCCAGGCAGUGCUUACUCUGAUGAGCUGGAGGAGGCAUUAUCUGAGCUGAGGAUGGACAAAGACAGAGAUGUACGUUUCUUUGCCACACUGGACCCUAACAGAAAUGUCUUGGACACUGCUGCACUGAUCUAAAAUCCAUUGUUUUCUGCAUAUACAAAAUGACCACCAGCAUGGACCUCAUCCAGCAGACCAAUACAAAAAAAAAAGUGUUCACAGUUGGACACCAGUGACUUGACUGACGCACAUGUAUUCUCUCUCUCUCUCUUUCGAUCUCUCUUUCUCUCUUGAUCUCUCUUUGUCUCUCACCAUACAUACACACAAACGUUUUGCAUACACAUCAGGCAUAUAUUGUCUUUGUAUAUUUAAACACUUUAUUUGUGUGUAUGUGUGUAUGUAUGUA